GUCACGAUCCCGCGCCUCGCGAGUACAUCUUUAUCUGUGACAAGGUAUGAAACACUGGUCACGUGAUGGAUCGAUGUGUGCACCAGGUAGAUGGGACAGUAAUCGGGAAACGAAGAUUCAACGAGUGAGCGAACUUUCACCGAAGAUAGGGCGGAAAAAUAUGGCGUGUGAAUAUUUUGUCAGCACCUCCCGUACGUAAAAGCCUUGCGUUUUAUUCAAAGCAGAAGUGUUUAAUGUUCCUCCAAGACCUUUCAAAGCGAAUAGUGAGCAAAAUACUACAGCUUUGUCAUUAUUAACACAAUGGAAAGCACGAAUCCACUUCGAGGGAUUGAUUUUGAGGCACGGCGAAGAGAAGAUGCAUUUAAGAAAUGUUCAGAAGAACUCCAACUAUCAUCAUAUGAUGAAAAUGUCUGCAACACUACCAAUCAAGAUUUGUGUCCAGUUGUGGGUUUGCUGUCUCAAUGUGUGAAUGAAAGGAUCAAAAGAGGAUGUCUGCUGAUUACUCAAGAAAUCACUAUGGCUGUUCUUUGCUCUUCUGCAGGAGAAUUGAUUCUAGUUGAUAGUCAUUCACAUGCUCCUUUUGGAGCUGCAAUCUGUGGGCCAACACAAGAUGCAAGUGCUUUAGUGCAGUGGUAUCAAAACUCAUUCCAAAAAUAUCAUGGCAAUCCAGUUGGAAUUUCAUCGUAA